AGGCGAGGCCAACCUCUCUCUCGUCCCAGUCCUCUCCACUCCUCUCCUCUCCUCUCCCCGGUUUCCCUUCUUCAUCUCCCUUCUCCGAUCGCGCCUCUCGAAACCCCCAGAUCUCGGCGACGCACCUGAAUUCGCCGUCGACUCCGUUAGAUCUCAACCCUAAUUGCGUUUCGCCGAUCUCCUCAGAUCCCGAUCCCGGGUAACAAAAGAUCUGUGUUCCUUCCUCCCAGAUCUCGGAGAUCCAAGGACGAGUAGGAGGAGGAAGAGGAAGAGGAAGAGGAAGAGGAAGAGGGAGUAGUGCAAGUAAAUAUCGAGGGAAGACGAAGAUGGAGAAGUCGUGCACGCUGGUGAUCCACUUCGACAAGGGGUCGCCGGCCAUGGCGAACGAGAUCAAGGAGGCGCUGGAAGGGAACGACGUGGCGGCGAAGAUCGAGGCGCUGAAGAGGGCGGUGAUGCUGCUGCUGAACGGGGAGACGCUGCCGCAGCUGUUCAUCACGAUCGUCCGGUACGUGCUCCCGUCGGAGGACCACACGAUCCAGAAGCUGCUGCUGCUGUACCUGGAGAUCGUGGACAAGAGGGACUCCCGCGGGCGCGUGCUGCCGGAGAUGAUCCUGAUCUGCCAGAACCUGCGCAACAACCUGCAGCACCCGAACGAGUACAUCCGCGGCGUGACCCUGCGGUUCCUGUGCCGGCUGUCGGAGUCGGAGCUGAUCGACCCCCUGGUGCCCUCCGUGCUGGCCAACCUGGAGCACCGCCACCCCUUCAUCCGCCGCAACGCGCUGCUGGCCGUCUCCGCCAUCUUCCGCCUCCCCAACGGCGAGCAGCUCCUCCCCGACGCCCCCGACCUCGUGGAGAAGGCGCUGGCGGCGGAGCAGGACCCGUCGGCCCGCCGCAACGCCUUCCUGAUGCUCUGCGCCUGCGCCCAGGAGCGGGCCGUGGCCUACCUGCUCUCCCACGCCGAGCAGGUCCCCGACUGGCCCGACCUCCUCCAGAUGGCCGCGCUCGACCUCGUCCGCAAGGUCUGCCGCUCGAACCGCGCCGACAAGGGCAAGUACAUCAAGAUCAUCAUCUCCCUCCUCGGCUCCCCCAACACCGCCGUCGUCUACGAGUGCGCCGGCACCCUCGUCUCCCUCUCCUCCGCCCCCACCGCCAUCCGCGCCGCCGCCAACACCUACUGCCAGCUCCUCGCCUCCCAGAGCGACAACAACGUCAAGCUCAUCGUCCUCGACCGCCUCAACGAGCUCCGCUCCUCCCACCGCGACAUCAUGGUCGAGGUCGUCAUGGACGUCCUCCGCGCCCUCUCCAGCCCCAACCUCGACAUCCGCCGCAAGACCCUCGACAUCGUGCUGGAGCUCAUCACCCCGCGCAACAUCGACGAGGUCGUCCUCACCCUCAAGAAGGAGGUCGUCAAGACCCAGAGCGGCGAGCUCGAGAAGAACGGCGACUACCGCCAGAUGCUCGUGCAGGCCAUCCACACCUGCGCCAUCAAGUUCCCCGAGGUCGCCGGCUCCGUCGUCCACCUCCUCAUGGACUUCCUCGGCGACAGCAACGUCGCCUCCGCCAUCGACGUGGUGCUCUUCGUCAGGGAGAUCAUCGAGACCAACCCCAAGCUCAGGGUGUCCAUGAUCCAGAGGCUGAUCGACACCUUCUACCAGAUCCGGGCUUCCCGCGUCUGCUCCUGCGCCCUUUGGAUCCUCGGAGAGUACUCCCUCUCUCUCUCCGAAGUGGAGAGCGCCAUUUCCACCAUCAAGCAGAGCCUCGGCGACCUCCCAUUUUACACCGCCGCUGAGGAGGGAGACGCGGCGGACUCCUCGAAAAAGCCACAGCCUGUGAGCUCCGCCGCGACUGUUUCAUCCAGGAGGCCGGUUAUUCUGGCGGAUGGGACGUAUGCUACUCAAAGUGCGGCCUCUGAGCUCGCCACUUCGGCUCCCAUAGUUGUUCCCGGCUUGUUGGCUUCGACUGCUAAUUUGAGGUCCUUAAUCCUGUCCGGCGACUUCUUUUUGGCGGCGGUCGCGGCGUGCACUCUCACUAAGCUUGUUCUGAGGCUGGAGGAGGUCCAGCCGUCGAAGGCCGAAGUGAACAAAGCUUGCACCGGUGCCCUACUGAUCAUGGUCUCGAUUCUGCAGCUGGGGCAGUCCUCGUAUCUUCCCCACCCGAUUGAUAACGAUUCUUUUGAUAGAAUUAUUCUGUGCAUAAGGCUGCUGUGCAAUACUGGGGACGAAGUUAGGAAGGUAUGGCUGCAGUCGUGCCGCCAGAGUUUUGCAAAGAUGCUUGCGGAGAAGCAGUUCCGGGAGACGGAGGAGAUCAAAGCCAAGGCCCAGAUUUCCCAUGCACAGCCGGAUGAUCUUAUUGAUUUCUACCAUCUGAAGAGCAGGAAGGGAAUGACCCAGCUUGAGUUGGAGGAUGAGGUCCAAGAUGACUUAAAACGUGCGACUGGAGAGUUCACAAAAGAUGGGGAUGAUGCAAAUAAACUGAACCGCAUUCUUCAACUGACUGGAUUUAGCGAUCCUGUCUAUGCUGAAGCAUACGUAACCGUUCAUCACUACGAUAUAGUCCUUGAUGUAACAGUCAUAAACCGUACAAAAGAAACACUUCAGAAUUUGUGCUUGGAAUUGGCCACCAUGGGAGAUCUCAAGCUCGUAGACCGUCCGCAGAAUUAUACACUAGCACCUGAGUCAAGCAAGCAAAUUCGGGCCAAUAUUAAGGUCUCUUCAACUGAAACUGGAGUAAUAUUUGGGAAUAUUGUUUAUGAGACUUCGAAUGUGCUUGAACGAACUGUUGUCGUCCUCAAUGAUAUUCACAUUGACAUCAUGGAUUAUAUCUCUCCUGGUAAUUGUGCUGAUGUUGCUUUUAGAAGUAUGUGGGCCGAAUUCGAGUGGGAAAACAAGGUUGCUGUGAACACUGUUAUUCAGGAUGAGAAGGAAUUCUUAGAUCACAUCAUCAAAUCUACAAACAUGAAGUGCCUCACUCCGCCUUCCGCGCUGGAUGGAGAAUGUGGGUAUCUUGCAGCCAAUCUCUACGCAAAGAGCGUGUUCGGGGAGGACGCAUUGGUGAACGUUAGUGUUGAGAAACAGGCCGAUGGGAAACUCAGUGGCUACAUUCGGAUUAGAAGCAAGACACAGGGUAUCGCGCUCAGCUUAGGAGACAAGAUCACUCUCAAACAGAAGGGAGGGAGUUAAGCUGCGUAUCUUCGCGCACAUCCUCCAUACUUUCUUUCCAACAUCUUUUUGGAGAUUAUUUCCAACAUCUUUUUGGAGAUUAUUUUGCCCCUUCCUUUUUAUAUAUGGAUUUUUUGAACUUGGCAAUUUUUCACUCUAUGCUGCAGAUAAUGUUGUUGUGGGUAGGUAAUGGUGCCAAUGGGGACAGAACCUCCCUCUUUUUUCUUUGUUUCGCAUUUAGAUCUGCUCAAUGUUUGCUAUACAUAUUUUAGGAACUUUGAUUUAUUUUUAUUCUUAAUAACGGUUUCUUCUCAAAUUGUUAGGAACUAUGAUUAAGCUACAUCGCAUUUCGUCAGAGUAGCUCUUGCUUUCGUA